GUGCAUAUCUAUUCCAUAUACUGUAGCUGAAAUGAUAAUAAAUCUCGUCAUAUCUCAAUUCUACCUUCUCUCGCGUGCUGCAACUGACGUCACUCGCUCGCAGGGAGGGCAUUCUCACAUGCGCGCGCGACGUUCCAAGCCCGAAGUUGUCAGCAGCAAGCAGCAUCGUCAUCAUCAGCAUCCGUGAACAUGCCGGUCUGUCCUGUAUACAGCUUGUCUUUCCAAUGUCGAUCAAUUCGCAGGUGUCUGCUGCUCUAAGUCUGUUCUUUUAGUAUGGACCAACGCGAUCGUGUCUGCUAGAUCUUUCGCUAGACCAUAUAUGCAUGUGAAGCCUAUCGGGGAGGCGAGCGUCGAGAGGAAGAGAAGAAGGCUUUGGCGUACUUGUCAGGCCCCUCGCUAAGGACAAUACUUCGAUCUGUUCGCCAGGUGACUGUCUCCUGCUUUCAAAAAAGCUUGAAUCCAACCACAGUGCCUACCUGGUAUCCACCCACCACAGUCACCAAUCCCUCCACCCACCCA